AUGAAGGAGAACAGGUGUGAAGAUCAGUUCCUCUACUUGAUCCUGAUCGGGGUUCUGUCCUCCACCCUGCUGGUGUUCGUGGUGCUGGGCGUCGUGUUUCUCAGGAAGUAUCGCUUCUUGCUUCAAACCCUCAAGAGGCUAAAGGAGACCAGGUUUUUUCUGGGUUCUGUGCCCUGGUUGGAGCAGCCCUCUGUGGCCCCUCUGACACCUGUAGAGGAGGGAGAUGAGUCGGAGGCACCUCCUCCUCAAACUCCACGCACCCAUCUGUCAGAGAUCAGCACGGUCAGGGCCCCCAGCAAGAAGCUGUGGAAAGUCCUGCAGGAGGGUCCUCGUUUCACCAAGUCAGACCUGAAUCUGCUGCAGCUGAUCAAAGCAGGGAAGGAAGGGGUCUUCUACCAGGCCCGGAUGGUCCGAGGAACCUGUAACGGUCACGGCAUAUUCACCUGUAAAAUCAGCAAGGAAGGUGUUCGAGCCAAACAUGUUGACACGGAGGUUUCCAUCAUGAGAAAACUGAUGCAUCACAAGAACAUCCUGCAGCUGCUGGACUGGAACACAACAGAGCAGCCUUACGUCCUCAUCAUGGAAUAUGUGAGUUUUGGCACUUUAAGGACCUUCCUCCAGACCAACAGAGUCCACCUGAGUGCAGACCCAGAACUGCAGAGCCUCCUAACCAUCGCUUCUUACCACAUCGCUCUGGCCAUGCAGUACCUGCGCUCCAAGAUGAUCCUCCACUGUGACCUGGCUCUGAGGAACAUCAUGGUCAACAAGUUCCCCUGGGAGGUGAAACUCACAGAGUUCGGCCUGGCCCGAGACCUGACCCGCAUGACGAGCCGCCGCCGCAGCAGCCGCUGGAGGAACCCACGACAGCGUGUGCCUCUGCGCUGGUACCCUCCUGAAUACUUCAAGAACAACUAUUACAGCUUCAAAGGAGACGUGUGGGCCUUCGGCAUCGUGCUGUGGGAGAUGCAGAUGUUUGGAAUGUUACCUUACCCAAACCUAGAGACAUCAGAGGAAGUGGUGUACCACAUCUGUAUGGGUCAUAAGAACACAAACCCUGAUGGCUGCAGGUCAGAAAUGCUUCACAUCAUGAGAGACUGCUGGCAGGAACCUUACACCUUGAGGCCAACGUUCACCAACAUAGUCAGCAUGCUGGAGAACAUCCUGGAGAACGAUGCAGAUUAUGUGGAUGUGGAGAGUCCGCAGGUUUUGGUGAAAGACAGAGCUGAUUAUGAAGAAACUAACAGUCAACGAGCAAGUGUUGCUUUAAAUGAAGAAAAAUCUUUCUAAAUGAUUUUUUACUGAGGAUUUAAAGAGAAAUUUCAGUUCUUUCAAACUUUCUGUAAUAAAUCUGCCUUUUAAAUGCUGACUGGCAGACAGCAAGAAAAGGAAAAUAUAAAUAAAUGUAUUAACCUUUCU